GAGCGGGCUUAUUUAGGAAAAGAAGUGAAAGAAGAAAGGACUGAAAGAAAACGUUUUUCCUUCGCACAGCCUACGUUCAUCAUGAAGCUUCACGGAGUUCUUGUCCUGUUUAUAACUUUUUCUAUUGCAUCCGGAUUGAGAUGCUACAYAUAUKKMACAGUUGAACCCAAUACCUGCACAGGUGUUCUAACUUGUCCUGYUGGUUUCGACCGAUGUGCUUCUGUCGAGUCGGAAGGAUUGAUUGUCAAGAGCUGCUUGCAAAGAGCAGAAUGCAUUUCUCCCAUAAAGUGCUGUGACAAGGACUUGUGCAACGGUGCAUUACUGAGAAGCAAAGGUGCCGUACUGACUGGCAAUAGUCCCAUACUGAUUGGGAAAGGUGCCGUACUGAUUGGCAACGGUACCUUACUGACUGGCAAAGGUGCUGUACGAACUGGCAACGGUGCCGUACCAACUGGACCCGGUAUCAUCCUGCUGCUCCUGUCUUCAGUCCUUAAGAUGCUCUUUAUUUAAGGCUCUGAAAUUAUUAUCCUGUUCUGGUUUAUUGUUUUGUCUAUUAACAGUUACGCUGAGUUGACAGCAACCAUGCAGUCAGGACAGAUAUGCAGCAUUUAUAUUCAUCAUGUAAUACACAUGUGUCUCUUUUAAACAUAAAACUAAAUUUGUAAGCUAUGAAAGAAUAAACUAAUCAAAUGCUCAAACAAA